UCCCGAGCGACGUGAGCGCGCGUGCACCGUGCGCGCCCCCGUGCACUCUCCUGGCUUACGCGCGCCCCCCGUACAAUCUCCUGUGUGUGUGCGCGCGCGCGUGCUGUCAAGAGAGGUCUGGCGGGCAGGGGGAAAGGCUCUCGGAAGCUCAGUAACCGGAGAUCGAGGAGUGAGAACGGGAGAGGCUCAGCGCCACAGAGUAAGUAAGAAAGAAUAAUAUUCGGCUAAGUCAUUUGGACGAAAACUAUGGCAUUCGUUUUAUUAUUGACUGAGCACAUCAAAAAGAACUUUGACAGUAUUUUGAUAAUUCUCAGUUAGCAGUGUAUCCCAUCUCUUCAACACUAAGCAGUGUUUUUCAGAGAGAGAGCACAUACUACUUUAUGUAGCUCUACUCAUUAGGAUUUCGAGCCUUCGAGUCCAGUACAUUUGAUUUUUAAUUCUUAAUUAUUUUUAAAUUUUCUCUUCGUGGCCAGAAGAAAAAACAAAGGCAAGAUGGUUCUGGACGAGUAUUUGUGGAUGGUUAUUGUCGGUUUCAUCAUAGCUUUCGUCUUGGCAUUUUCAGUAGGUGCUAAUGAUGUUGCCAACUCUUUUGGCACUGCAGUGGGAUCUGGUGUGGUGACCUUAAGGCAAGCAUGCAUAUUGGCUUCCAUCUUUGAAACAGCUGGCUCAGUACUACUGGGAGCCAAAGUUGGUGAGACUAUCCGGAAAGGAAUCAUUGAUGUGAAUCUCUACAAUAAUACAGUUGAUUUGUUGAUGGCUGGAGAAGUUAGCGCAAUGGUUGGUUCUGCUGCUUGGCAGUUGAUUGCAUCUUUCUUGAAACUCCCCAUUUCGGGCACACAUUGCAUUGUUGGCUCAACGAUUGGUUUCUCCCUUGUUGCAAUUGGUACUCAUGGUGUGCAGUGGAUGCAGCUUGUCAAGAUUGUGGCCUCUUGGUUUAUUUCACCAUUGCUGUCUGGUAUGAUGUCUGCAGGGCUGUUUUUCCUGAUCAAGUUUUUUAUCUUAAAUAAGGAGGAUCCGGUACCUAAUGGACUACGAGCACUCCCAGUGUUUUAUGCUGCUACGAUAGCAAUUAAUGUCUUCUCUAUAUUAUACACAGGGGCCCCAUUACUUGGACUAAGUGCCUUUCCCGUGUGGGGCACUGCUCUCAUUUCGAUAGGCAUUGCUGUGUUGUUUGGCUUAUUAGUGUGGUUCUUCGUAUGCCCAUGGAUGAGAAAGAAGAUCGCAAGUCGAUUAAAGAAAGAAGCGGCAUUAUCUCGCAUAUCAGAAGAAAGCCUAGAUGAAAAAAACCAAGAUGAAGAGACUCCUGUCUUCAAAGAACUGCCUGGUGCAAAGGGAAAUGAUGAAAGUGUGGUGCCUCUCACUAGUUCCACCACUGAAGCAGCUGUAGGAUCUGAUCCCAUAGCCAAUGGAAAUACGAGAAUACCAUAUGGAAGAGCUGCGUCCAUGACAAACGGCUCUAUCAGAUCACCUGUUUCCAACGGCACAUUUAGUUUUGAUGGGCAUAGCAUGAAAAGUGAUGCUCACGUAUAUCACACUGUUCACAAGGACUCUGGGCUUUACAAGGAUCUUCUGCACAAAAUACACCUCGACAGAGUAACGGAUGACCGCCCCUCACAUGACAAUAACUACCGGGUACUGAGGCGCAACAACAGUUACACGUGUUACACAGCUGCUAUUUGUGGCAUGCCAGUGCACUCAACCUUCAAAGCGGUUGAUCCAGCCACCCCGGAGGAUAGUGAAAAGCUGGUGGGAGACACUGUGUCCUACUCCAAGAAACGAAUACGGUAUGACAGCUACUCCAGCUAUUGCAAUGCAGUUGCAGAGGCAGAGAUUGAAGCUGAUGAAGGUGCUGUGGAGAUGAAGCUUGCUACUGAACUGGCUGACUCAAAUCCACUCCCGGAUGAUGCGUUGGAGGAGGACAAAGAGGAGAAAGACCAGUCACAAGUCCAUCUCCUCUUCCAUUUUCUCCAGAUUCUGACAGCCUGCUUUGGAUCCUUUGCUCAUGGAGGAAAUGAUGUCAGUAAUGCUAUUGGUCCAUUGGUUGCACUUUGGCUAAUUUACCAGCAAGGUGGAGUUAUGCAAGAUGCUACAACGCCUGUGUGGCUGCUGUUGUAUGGUGGAGUGGGCAUCUGUGCUGGUCUUUGGGUGUGGGGUCGGCGAGUAAUCCAAACUAUGGGAAAAGACCUUACCCCGAUUACACCAUCCAGUGGAUUCACUAUUGAGUUGGCUUCAGCGUUCACAGUUGUGGUAGCUUCCAAUAUUGGACUCCCUAUCAGUACCACACACUGCAAGGUUGGAUCAGUGGUAUCGGUGGGUUGGAUUCGAUCACGGAAAGCAGUUGACUGGCAUUUAUUCCGCAACAUUUUCCUUGCUUGGUUCGUGACGGUGCCUGUGGCCGGCCUAUUCAGCGCAGCAGUCAUGGCUGUAAUGCAGUAUGGCAUUCUCCCAUACGUUUGACCGUACUACCUAGACUUAGAAAAAUAAAAGCCUAUUUCAAUGUUCAUGCAUACUGGAAACAUCCUAGGCUAUAGCAAUAUUUCAGGCUGCCCGCUUUGGUUGAGGAGGAACAUAAAACGGAAAAAAACAAAAACCUUCUUAUCAAAGCAUCAUAUCCUUGAUGUAUCUACUCUAUCUGCUGUAUAUAAUAUAUGUCAAAUUGGUGGGAUGUGCCUCAAUACUUAUAUUUAAAUAAAUAUAUAUACGUAUAGUAGAUAACACUACCAGAGUAUUAUAAUUUGGGAUGAGAAUAUUUGCAUAGAUCUUUUUUUAUCUAGAUAAGAGCUGUACAUAAUGUAUUAUUUUUGUGAGCUUUUCUUUCUUUUUAUUUUUUUUUUGUUCUGAUUGUAAUCUUUAAAAAAAAAAAAAAAUGGUAUAGAUUUUAAAUAAAAAUGCCCAUGUCUACUUGAUAUCAAGCGAGGUACAAAAGACAAAGCUUAAAUUUUGUAAAGAUGUAUUUAGGUCUGUGACGGUCAGUCUGUGUGCAGCGAGAACUACAAUACUGGAACAAAUUUUCAAAAAUAAAUCAAAUAGGUGCAGAAUUACUUUUAUGGAAAACAAAAAUGUCACAUCUAAUUUGCUUUGUAUGUAUAAUACUGUAAUUUCUAAUUGUAAAUAUGUAUAAGCAUAUUUUUAUUAGUGCAUUCAUUUCCCUUUUGACAUUUUUGGGUAAAGAAGUUUAGGAAGUACCAAAGACUGAGUGGAAUUCGCCUGCCAGUAUUUAAAUAAAGUCUGCUCGUAGUCGUAUGUUAUGGUUUGAGAAAUCUUUACGUGGUCCGAACAGCCAAAAAGUCGUAGAUCACGACGAGUGCGUUUCCACACCAUGGGUUGAAUUCUGCUAAAUAAUUUGCAUAUGAAGAUUGUUUUACAGCCACAAGUGUCGUUCCACUUGUAACUUCUAACGCACAUAAAACUGUCUUUACUGCACUUAACACGUUUUGUUUGGAAAUAUACAUUUUUUUUUUUUUCACAUAUGUAAAAUUACUUUAUGUAAUCACUGGAAUUCUACAGCAAUACAAUUUGAAUAUUUAUUAAGGCAUUAGCAGGUAAAGUAUGCAGUCAGAGCAUAGAGACCUAUUAAUGUCUAGCUCCUUACCAUUGGGUGCUUAAAGGGACACUACCAUGAAAAUGUAUAAUCAAUAGUUAGCUUGUUGCUGUGUGUAGCAGGUAAUCGGGGUCCGAUUAGCAAUAUCUCUUUGGUAAACUGUUUUAUAUUGGUGUUUUUGAGCCGCUUUCCAACUAUCAUACUAGUGACAGAAUAUUCUACAGAAAGUACACUCAAUAUUGAUCUUUUAUUUCAAAUGGAACAUAUCUAAUUUCCACCAAACACAAACUUUUUAAUUAAAUGAAUGUUAUUAUAGCCCACAGGGCAUAAGUGCAACAAAUAAAUCUUUCGAUUAUGAGUAAUUUGUAUUGGGUUCAGUGUAGAAAUGUAUUCAAUUAGAUAAAUAUCAUUUUUAGCAGUGAGGAAGCAGACAAAAAUCCCCUAAACUGCCAUCAGGUAACCAGGUGAAGUGGCGCAAAUCUAAUUCAAUCAUAGUAUUUCCUGCUCAGUUUUUUAGAAUGUUAGAAUGCAUCACUGUUUUUGUUUUGUUUUGUUUUUUUAUGGUAGUGUCCAUUCAAAAUAAACUACUAAGAUGUGAUGACAGCCUAAUCGCGAAUAUUCUUUCACCAUUAGUUCACCGUAGAGACUGCAAUGUAGUAUAUUUUUUUUGUUUUUGUUUCUGGUCGUGUCUUUAGUGUAAUUUAUAAAGAGACUAUUGGAAAUUGCAAUCUCUGUACCAUUCAAUAUCAGUAGAACACCAGUCCCAGCCUAGUCAAUUUACUAUAAACUGUACAUGUUUACAAUGAGAGAUGAAUUGUUUAAGGAUAUUAAACGUUUACUCCUAAUGUUAUCACCACCAGCAAACAAGUUUAUUCUGUGAAAUCUCAAAGCCAGGUGAAUUGAUCUGAAAAUAUAGUGUAACAGAACUUAUUUAAAACCGUUAUUUUGUUGCAAAACUUUCCAAAUUCAUUAAAUUCUUUUAAGAAAGAAAUUGAGUCAGCAACUCAAUGUUAUAACAGAAAAAGUACUACCCUAGUUUGCACUGAUAUAUCUAGUAUACCUAGAUCAGUGUGCUUGAUUCUCCUCUAUUUAAGAGGUAAAUGUCAACUCUUUUAUAAAUCCAAUUAGAUUUUACAUUAUAACUCUUGUAUACAAUAAUUGCAGAAUUUGUACAGUGUUCUUCUCAAACAUUUUACAGUGUAUGUACAAAGCAGUGUAUGUACAAAGGUGCACCAUAUUUUAACCUAAAACUAAAUCUAUGUUGUCAAAUAAUUGAAUAAGUACAACAAACAAUUUUUACAAUUUGUCCAACAUGGAAGUACAUUUCAAAUUAUUUUUGUGUGUAUGUGAGAGAGAGAGAAACACUAUGUAUGCGCACACAUGUACAUACUAAAUAUAUAAAGAAUGUAAAAGAUGAAAAUAUUGCAAAGGUUUCAUGUGAGAAUAAAUAUACAGGUGACACUAGUGAGAUUUUCCCAGUGUAGAACUUACGAACAUACAUUUCUUUUUUUUUUUUUUUUUUUUUUUAAGUUUUGCAUAGUACUGUAAUGUGUUCCGUUUUUUUAAGUGGGGCAAAUAAAGUUUUUACAAAUGCUGCCAUUAUGAUGUUCUCGUGGGUUGUCUUCCAUUGUGAAGGUGACCUUCAAAACCUGAAGAUCUUAAAAUGUUAAAAUGCAGAUGCUGCUAUAUAUAAUUUUUUUUCCCUCUCUUUCUCCUUGAUGAAACCUGUUCUUGGUACAUGUAGGUAUACAUAAAUGUAGGGGGUUAUUUAUUUUUCUUUUUUAUUUCUUGAGGGCUUUAACUUUCAUUAAGCUACGUUAUUUGUGGUCUGUUACUUCAGUUUGAUUGUGUCUUUAUAUUCACCCAUAAUGCACUGCUUUUCAUCGGGGCGUUCCAAUAUUAAAGCUAGCUAGGAUGUUGUGUUGUUUUAUCAUUAUUUUUUUUUUUUUGUCCGCUACGCGAGUAUGUUUCAAUUUAUGGGCUUCAGGUUUUUUACAAAAAUAAAUAAAAAAAAAAAAGUUAAAAACACAAACUUUCCUGUAUUUCAGUGCCAAAACAGACUUCUCACUUCAGCCCACUCCUCUUGAUGUAUUUUGUCCAAUCAAAUGUUUCUCAUAGGGAAGCUAUGAAGACAUACAGAACAUGUGCCGCAUUUUGUACAAUCUUCCAAACUAGUGCUUAUCUACGAGAGGGAGAAGCAUUGGAAGCACACUCAGCAUUUGGUGUCGGCAUACUUUGCACGCUGAGGCCAGAUGUAAAACAGAUUUAAGUAAUUAAAUCUGUUUUUGUGUGAAGCCUCCAGGGCAGGGCUGUCCAACCUGCGGCCCCCCAGAUGUUGCUGAACUACAGCUCCCAUGAUUUCCUGACUAUCUGUUUCAUUGAAAGAAUCAUGGGAGUUGUAGUUCGGCAACAUCUGGGGGGCCGCAGGUUGGACAUGCCUGCUCUAGGGGCUGUCUGACAGCUAAUAGAGGUGUCUGCUUUGCAAAAUGUAAACAUUGCUGUUUUACAGAAAUGGCAGUUUUUGCAACAUCUAUGCCCAAAUAUCAUGUAAUUAUCCUUUCUGUUUUACAGAAAACCUGCAUAGCUAUUUUGUUAACCCACUCUAGAUUAACUUCCAGGGUUAGUAUUAAAAUGGCAAACCAUAAACUUACAAAGUUUUAAAGACAAAAGCAUCAGCCUUGGGAUUUUAGCACUGCCAAAACUCGGGACAAGCUGUUUACAGAAAGAUGCAUGUGCAAACAACCUGCCUCAUAGGAAGCACUUAACAUCCCACAAUGAUCACUGCGUGGCUGGCAAGGAUAGACAUUGUCAGCCCCUUGAGGCUUGCAGCUUGCUCUCCACACUGGAAUUCAAAACCAAUUUUCCAUUAAAGGAACACACCAGGCACCAAGACCACUUCUGCCCAUUGAAGUGGUCUUUGUGCCAACUCCCACCACCCUUAACCCUGCAAGUGUAAUUAUUGCUAUUUCUAUAAACUAUAAGACCACUAGAGGGACUUCCGUGUUUUAAACGACGCUGGACGCUAUGCAUGAGGACCUCUGGCAUCGCCGAAUCCCCAUAGAAAAGCAUUGAAUAAUGAUUUCCUAUGUGGAGGUCUAAUGCAUGUGUGCGUGGCCAUUAGGUCUCCCCUGCUGGCUGACGGUGGGGGAGGUGCGUGGGCGGAGCCUGUCCAGCGCUGGAUUCAGGUAAGUCACUGAAGGAGUUUUAACCCCUUCAGCAACAUGGGAUGGGGGGUGGGAGGUAGAGGGACACUGCAACGGAUAUGUUUUCCUGGCACUGGAGAAUCCCUUUAUGUACAUAUUUUACUUUGUAUGUUAUUGGACUUUCUUCAGCACAGUGGAGAGAUCAAAGUUGUUGAGCUACCUGAAAAGGACCUUGUCAUCCAAGAAUUGUAUGUAGUAGAUUCCCUUACAUCAUAAUGGGAAAUCUAUUAAGGAGCUAAACUACAGCCAAAAUGGGCAGGUUUAUUGAAGUAUUUUUUUAUUUUUUUUUGUGCAUUGUAUGCAAAUGUGCAUUGAACUAGAAUAAGUAACCCUGAAAUGAUUUCUCACUACAAGUUGACCCGUAAAAAGUUUUUAGUAA